CGCCGCCGAUUCCAUUUCACGAUCCCUCUCCAUAAAAUAUUCGCUAGUAAUCGCAUGCGUUCCUCUGGAACCCCGGAAUUCCAAAAAACAUACGGGAACGCGCUUUAAAACCCCGGAAAAUCUCUAUAAAAUUUACGAAAAUCGGUGUAAAAGCAAAAGCGGCAAAACGAAAAGAUUUUCCUACGAACCCAAAAACGAAACGAAAGAAAGUGAAACAAACGAAACUAACGAUAACGCAGCGAUAACUGCGAUAGCAGUCCGAUUACUGCGAUAACAUGCACUCCAGCUCGCAAUCGACGCUGAAGCGCACGCAACAACUUGUGCGGCAAACGAAUGGCGGCAGGGGCGAUGUCCUGAGCAGCGGAUCCGAAGUGGUCCACUCCUCCCGAGGACCGGCGAUUACCACCAAUAUCGAUGACUCCAGCUUGCGUUAUCGCCAUGAGACGAAAAGGGAGCGCACUGUGGAAGCGGUGAUCACGGAUUAUCCAGGGGUAUCUCCCCUGGGAAGCGUUCCCCAUGAACGAACCAACUUUGAGCGCACAGUGACCUUCCAAGAUCCCGCUGGCAAUUCGCGUCGUGUCUCUGAGACUCGGGCAUUGGUCCCGGCGAGUGGAAGUACUUCUUCCUCCGCCCAUUACCAACAGGUGACGCGGAAUAAACGCAUUUCCACCGAGGUGUUGGGCUCCAGUGUGGAGAGCACGAAGACAUCGCAAAGGGCUCCGAACGGCCAUCGACGUGUUACCACGCAUAUUGUCCGCAAAGUGACCACUUUGAGUCGGGCGGAGGAGAAUGCUCAGCCCGCCGAGGAUUUGUUGCCUCCAGCGAAAAUGAUUCGCAGCUCGGAGUUGGAGUACCGUCGUGCCCUGCCGCCUGCUAUAGAGUCGUCCACGCAGCGCAGAGAGAUCUCCGAUAUUGUUGUGGGCAAGGAGGACAACGUAUCCGCUCGGGAGGCUCUGCUGCGCUGGGCGCGUCGCUCGACUGCUCGGUAUCCGGGUGUUCGUGUCAACGACUUCACGUCGUCGUGGCGAGAUGGAUUGGCUUUCUCGGCGUUGGUGCACCGCAACCGACCGGACUUGCUUGACUGGCGAAAGGCAAGGAACGAUCGGCCACGCGAGCGCCUGGAGACGGCCUUCCACAUUGUGGAGAAGGAGUACGGGGUGACGCGUCUGCUGGAUCCCGAGGAUGUGGACACCAACGAGCCGGAUGAGAAGUCCCUCAUCACGUACAUCUCAUCGCUGUACGAUGUGUUCCCGGAGCCACCCUCGAUCCAUCCACUGUUCGACAUGGAGUCGCAGCGUCGCGUCCACGAAUACCGCGACCUGGCCCAGCAGUUCAUCUACUGGUGCCGCGAGAAGACAGCCUACCUGCAGGAGCGCUCCUUCCCGCCCACUCUCAUCGAGAUGAAGCGUCUGCUGAGCGAUCUACAGCAUUUCCGUAGCGAAGAGGUGAGCGCCCGCAAGCGCGAGAAGUCCAAGCUCAUCCAGAUUUACAAGGAGCUGGAGCGGUACUUCGAAACCGUGGGUGAAGUGGACGUGGAGGCCGAACUGCGGCCGGAUGCCAUCGAGAAAGCCUGGUAUCGAAUGAACACGGCACUGCAGGAUCGCGAGGUGAUCCUCCAGCAGGAGAUUGAGCGGUUGGAGCGGCUGCAGCGACUGGCCGACAAGGUUCAGCGCGAGAUUAAGCAUGUGGAUCAGAAGCUGACCGAUCUGGAGACGCGCAUCGGUGAGGAGGGUCGGCGCAUCGAGCGACUGCAUCCCGUGGACGCCAAGAGCAUUGUCGAGGCGCUCGAGACCGAGAUUCGGCACCUGGAGGAACCCAUACAGGACAUGAACCAGGACUGCCACGUCCUCAACGAGGGACGCUAUCCCCAUGUCAGCGAGCUGCAUAAGAAGGUCAACAAAUUGCACCAGCGCUGGGCUCAAUUGCGCACCAAUUUCCACACGAACCUGGUACAGAAGCUGUCCGGUUUGAAGUAUCCCGUCCACGAGACCACGGUGACGCGUCAAACGCGCAUGGUGGUCGAGUCCCGUCAGAUCGACACGAAUCCCCAUUUCCGCGAUCUGCAGGAGCACAUUGAAUGGUGCCAGAAUAAGUUGAAACAAUUGCUUGCCGCUGACUAUGGCAGUGACCUGCCAUCGGUCAAGGAGGAACUGGAUCGUCAACAGCACGAGCACAAGAUCAUUGACCAGUUCCACACGAAAAUACUCAACGAUGAGCGUCAGCAGACCAAGUUUUCCGGCGAUGAGCUGGCCCUGUACCAGCAGCGUCUCAAUCAGCUGCAGAAGGUGUACGCCGAGUUGCUCAGCACCUCGACGAAGCGUCUGUCCGAUCUGGACUCGCUGCAGCACUUUUUGGGACAGGCCUCGGCGGAGCUGCAGUGGCUCAACGAAAAGGAACAGGUGGAGAUUACGCGCGACUGGGCGGACAAGCAACUCGAUCUGCCCUCCGUGCACAGAUACUAUGAGAACCUCAUGUCCGAACUGGAGAAGCGUGAGAUGCACUUUGCCACCAUUCUGGAUCGUGGAGAGGCCUUGCUGAACCAACAGCAUCCGGCAUCGAAGUGCAUCGAAGCCCAUCUGACGGCCCUGCAACAGCAGUGGGCAUGGCUGCUGCAGCUGACCCUCUGCCUGGAGGUUCACCUGAAGCACUCGACAGAGUACCAUCAGUUCUUCGGCGAGAUCAAGGAUGCCGAGCAGUGGCUGGCCAAGCGUGACGAAAUACUCAACAGCAAGUUUUCGCAGUCUGACUUUGGCCUGGACCAGGGUGAAACGCUGCUAAGGGGAAUGCAGGAUUUGCGCGAGGAGCUGAAUGCCUUUGGCGAGACCGUGGCCACCCUGCAGCGAAGGGCUCAGACCGUGGUGCCUCUGAACAAGCGACGCCAGCCGGUGAAUCGUCAGGGACCUGUGCAGGCCAUCUGUGCCUACAAGCAGCAGGGUCAGCUGCAGAUCGAAAAGGGUGAGACUGUUACGCUGCUGGACAACUCGGGUCGCGUGAAGUGGCGCGUGCGCACGGCCAAGGGUCAGGAGGGACCGAUACCCGGUGCCUGCCUGCUGCUUCCGCCUCCCGACCAGGAGGCCAUCGAUGCCGCCGAGCGUCUGAAGCGACUCUUCGAUCGGUCCGUGGCCCUCUGGCAGAAGAAGCAUCUGCGCCUGCGGCAGAACAUGAUUUUCGCCACCAUUCGUGUGGUUAAGGGCUGGGACUUUGACCAGUUCCUGGCCAUGGGUCCCGAGCAGCGCACGGCCAUCAGGCGGGCGCUCAACGACGAUGCCGACAAAUUGCUGAGCGAGGGCGACCCCAACGAUCCGCAGCUGCGACGCUUGCGCCGCGAAAUGGACGAGGUUAAUCGCUUGUUCGAUGAGUUCGAGAAGCGAGCGCGCGCCGAAGAGGAGAGCAAGCAAGCCAGCCGCAUCUUCACCGAGGAAUGCAUUGCCAUCAAGAGCAAACUGGAGGACAUGGCCCGUGAGCUAGAUCAGAUAAUACUGGCUCCGUUGCCACGUGAUCUGGACUCGCUGGAACAUGUGCUUGAGAUUCACUCGGACUACGAGCGCAGACUCAACCUUUUGGAGCCAGAACUUAAGCAUCUGCAGGAGACUUUCCGCACGAUUGCCUUGAAGACGCCCGUGCUGAAGAAGAGCCUUGACAACCUGCUGGAGCUGUGGAAGGAGCUGAACACCCAGAGCGGUCUGCACAAGGACCGCCUGAAGCUGCUUGAAGCCUCGCUGGCUGGCCUGGAGGACAAUGAGCAUGUGAUUUCCGAGCUGGAGAACGAGUUGGCCCGACACCAGGAUCUGCCAUCCACGGCCGAGGGGCUGCAGCAGGUGUUCAAGCAACUGAACCACAUGCAGGACAUUAUCACACAGCAGCAGCCGCAGAUGGACAAGAUGAACGAUGCGGCCGAUCAGCUGGGGCGCAUGGGUGUGCCCACCAAGGUUCUGGGCGACCUCAAGCGGCUGCAUUCGAACGUGGAGCGUCUCAACACGCGCUGGAGUGCGGUGUGCAAUCAAUUGGGCGAAAGAAUGCGUUCAUGCGAGACGGCCAUCGGGCUGAUGAAGAAUCUCCAGUCGAGCGUGCAAGUGGAGGAAUCAUGGGUGGAUGGCACCACAGAGCGACUGUCUGCCAUGCCCACCGCCACUUCGGCGUACGAACUAGACAAACUGCUCGGAGCUGCAAUCGAACGAAAACCAAAAAUCGAAAAUGUCAACGUGGCUGGAGGACGACUUAUACGCGAAGCCAAGAUCUACGAUAGCAAAUGCCUACGCUUCGUGGACUGGCUGCUCGAGGCCCGUCCCUCGUUUUCGCCGCCUCGCCGAGAUCUCCGGCCAGCGGAUAGCGAUCCGGGCGCCACACAGUAUUACAGCCAACGUCUGGACAACCUAAAUACGAAAUACGACAGAUUGCUGGAACAACUGUCGCAGAGGCUAAAAACUGCAAUCGAAGUGAAUGGCAGCGAUGGUCUGCAAUACGCUGAGAGUCUACAGAAACCGCUCAAGACCUUUAGGGUUGACUUCAGUGCGGGCAGCGUGCCAACUGGCGAUGGCUACGCUGCGCGCCCGGAAGAUCUCUACACCACCACCUACAGCACCACACAAUUCAGCUCAACGAAGACAACGAAAAGCUCUACGAAGAGCGUAUACAGUAGCGAUGGCUUGGAUGCAGCUAAUGAGCAGGUUAACCCGCCCCAGUCUCAAAUCCAGUUCAACGAAAUCCGUACGCUCAAGCGCUCCCAACAGCUGGGUGGCCAUUCCGUGCUGGAUAUAGCUGGAAUUCGCGAUCCGCGUACGGGACGCGUUCUCACCAUCGGCGAGGCAAUCCAGCUACGCAUCCUGGACGUGCGCACCGGCGAGAUGUUGGUGGCUGACCGCCGCAUCACACUGGAACAAGCUGCCGACCAGGGACUGAUUGAUGCGCAGCUGGCCGGGCAAUUGCUGAAGCCCGGAGCCGGGCGAGAUGCCAGCGGACGGGAGCUGUCGCUCCUGGAGGUUAUUCAGCGCGAGAUUAGCGAAGCGGAAUCCGGUUACGAGACGGCCGAGAAGCGGAUCAAGGUAAACAGCACGGUCACCGUAGAGCAGACGGCAUCAGGGGAGCUGGGUUCUCCCGAGAAUCCGCGCAACAUUGCCGACGCCAUUACCGCGGGGAGUGUGGACACCAAGACGGGCCUGUAUCGCGUCAAAUCGGGCCAGACGAUCAGCCUGGCGGAGGCCUACGAGCGCGGCUACCUCAUCCGGCACGAGUCGGUGACAAUCAAGUCGAAUGCGCUGUGCCUGAGCGAUGCGAUUGCGCAUGGCCUGGUCGAUGGCGCCGGCUGGAUAGCGGAUCGCAACUCCGGCGACAAGUUCCGUCUGGACUCGGCCAUUGCCAACCAGCUAAUUGACGCGAGUGUUCGCGAAGUGGUGGACGCGAAACGCGAUACGAAGAUCACGCUGCAGGAGGCACUGCAGUCGGGCGUUCUGAAUGCCAAAACGGGUCGGUACGUCAACGAGGUGACCAAGGAGAAGCUCACCUUCGCGGAGGCGCGCAACCGUCAGUUGAUCGUGAAACCGUACACGCUGAAGGACAUCUGCGACCUGAACCUGCUCGACAAACAGGCCCAGAUCACGAGUCCCAUGCGCCGCGAAAAGCUGAGCAUCAUGCAGGCCAUCGAGGCCGGUGUGCUGGACGGUAAUUUGCUCAAGUGCAUCACCAAGCGUAAGGGUGAAUUGGUCACCCUUCAGGAGGCCAUUGCCGACGGCAUCGUGCUGCCGGCGGAGUGCAAGUACCGCGAUUUCAUGACCGGAGAGUUGAUCAGCAUUCCAGAGGCGGUUGAACGCGGUCUCAUCAGUUCAGUGGCGCAGCGAUCGAUCUUUGAUAUUGACGGGUUCAAGGAUCUGAGAAGCAAUGACUAUGUUAGCUUUAAUGUGGCCCUGUCGCGCGACCUUUUGCGUCGCAAGAGUACGGGCUUUGCCUUAGAGACGGGUAGGGAUAGUCUGGUUCCACUAGAGGUGGCCGUAAGUGAGGGACUUGUGCGCCAAGAGGUCUACGAGAUGUUCAGCCGCGGCAUCGGGGUUCAAAAUGCCAGUGGCAAGGAGCUUAGUGUCUUUGAUUUGGUCUAUCACAAUCUGAUUGACCCGAAGACGGGAUAUCUGUUGGAUCCCAAGACUGGGGAGACAGUGCCCCUGGAUACCGCCAUCGAGCGAAAGUUUAUCACUCCAGAGGGUGCUCUUCUUUUGAGCAGUUUGCUCAACAUCACAUUGACCACGGAGACGGUGACGCGGACGAUUAAUCGUUAUGUGACAAUCAGGGCCGGUUCCCAGGAGCCGGGCGACACUGUGCUGCUCACCUUCACGGAGGCAGUGCGUCAGGGUUUCAUUGACGAGGAAAGACAGCUCUUUAAAGAUCCCAAAACGGGCAAUAUUUACUCGGUGCAGCAGGCCCUUAACUACGGUCUGUUAGUUCCCGACAGCAACCAAACGGUACCAGAGCCAACUAACAGGAAGAAAACCAAGUCCACGAUCACCAUUGUGACCAAGCAGAUAAUACCAGAGGCGGAGCCCAUCAAGCUAAACACACAGCACACCAAGUAUGUGGAGAAGUCGGUGGAGAUUCCCAUUUCCCAGGAGCUAGUAAAGCCACAGCGCGUGGUUUCCGAAUUUAUAAAUAUGGAGAAGAGCAGCUAUAUCGAACAAAAUGUGACGGAGCGGCAGAUCAUGGAGCUGCCUCCAGGAGGUUGGCGCCUGAAGGACGCCAUCGAACAGCGGUUGUUCAACCCGGAUUCGGGAGUAUUCCAUGUGCAGGGCACAGAUCGCUUGGUCAACUUUGAGGAGUGCAUCAACAAGCAGAUCAUAAACAAUCUAUCGGUUUCGGUAAUUGAUCCCAGCACUGGCGACAAGAUUUCAGUGCAGUCAGCCUUCGAACGUGAUAUUCUGGACAGUUAUGGCAACUAUACCAACAGCAGGAAGCAAGUGCAGGGCAUGCGCAGUGCCAUUGACGAGACUAAGAUCAUCCUGGAAACCGUUCCAGCCACGAGAGGUGCAAACAAAAAGACCAUUCUUCGCAUAACUAGGGUUAACAAUAUUCCGGAUGUGCUGGAGGUCUCCACACCCCUCAAGGAUGCCCCGCCCAAGUUUGUAGAAGUUCUCACCUGCCAACGAGAGCUCGCCUCUCCGGAGCCACUACAAAUUGCCCCGGGCGCCAUCUAUGAUCCGUCUACAGCGCUGGUGAUCUUCACGCAGACCGGUGAGACUGAAAACAUUUUCGAUGCCGCCCGACAAGGACUGAUUGACGAUCAGCUGAUCAAGAUUGUGGAUCCUACAACCAAGCAAACCAUUUCCGUGACUGAGGCGAUAGCUCGUUCUAUUUACGAUCCCAAAACCGCCACUAUACUUGAUUCGGAGGGACAACCUGUGGAUCUGAUCACAGCCACCAAGUUGGGUCUGUUGAGUGUGGUGGGUGCCCCAUUGGUUGCAGCCGAAGGAGCUCUAAGAACCGUUCGCUUCGUCACCGAUCCGCGAACUGGUGAGCAAAUACCAGUAGAGGUGGCCUACGAAAGAGGUAUUGUCUCUCGUGAUCAACUGCAUCGCGGACGAUCCUUUGAUAGUGAACCGUCCAAAAUUGAGGAGAAGGUGGUAGUGUUGCAGAGAAUGCGCAAGGUCAUUCUGAAGCCUAAGGAUGCUCUGCGCAAGGGAAUCAUCGAUGAGGAGACCUGUGAGAUACUCGAAAACACGAGCAACUUCACCAAUCCCAAAGGUGAGGUGGUUAACAUAAGUGAGGCUCUAAACACUGGACUAAUCGAUGGACGUCGUGGCCAGAUCAUUGAUCCUCAAAGCAAUCGAGUGCUUAAUUUCAGGCAAGCGGUGGAACAAAAGAUUAUCGAUCCCGAACAGACCAACCACAUUCUCAUGCCGUUGGCCAAGAGCUUAUCAGUGCCACGGCUGGCAGCGCAGGGAUUAAUUGAUCCGCAAACACAGACUAUUGUCCAUCCGGAGAGCGGUUAUCCGCUGAGCAUCCCUGAGGCGAUAGUGUGCGAGGUUUUGGAUCCGCAUUCUAAACUGCAUAAGCCUGAGAAGUGCACCCUGGAGGAGGCGAUCACAAAGGGCAUUGUCAACGCUGAUGAUUCCACAUUCAGCUAUAAGAAUAAAACCCUUAACAUUACCGAAGCCAUUGAAGCUAGCCUUUUCGAUCCAAGCUACGAUCAGCAGAAAUCCAAGGUGGAAAUUCCGCCGGUGGGUAUGAUAUUCCCAGUGGCAGUGGAAAAGAGCCUCGUGGAACCGUCGAAGCGUGUGGUACUGCACCCAAGUACGAGAAAAGCACUUCCCAUCAAGCAGGCCAUCGAGGAGAACUUCAUCAUGUCGAUUCCCUACUCCCCCAAGCCAGAUGCUAUCGAGGUGGUAACCGCCAUGGAACGAGAUCUCAUCGAUGUGGCUGCGCAAACGCUGACGGUUCCGUCCACAGGGGAAGGUGUACCUCUGCGACAAGCCAUGGAAAAUGGUGUUUUGGUGGUUAAGAAUCUCUCCGAUUUUGUGGUUACCCAGAAACCCAUUGCCAAAACGGAAAUAAUGGAGACAGUGCGUGCCGUGCACACGGUGACCACCAAAACCAUUGAGCUGAUGCAGGGUUACGUUCUCAUUUCUAACAACGAAGUGCAGAACGUUAGCACCGGCGAAGUAUGCAGCUUGGAGGAGGCUAAGGAGCUUGGAAUCCUGCGUGAAGAAUCCACAACUCGGGAGACCAAGGCUGCGGCGGGAGAAAGUCCGGAAUCAGUUGCUGCCCUAGUCACCAACAGCGAUCAAACUGUGGUAGUGGAGGAGCGCACCCAAACAGUGGUGGUAGGUUCGGACACACGGAAACAAGAACUGCAAGUAGUCAGCACAACGCAAUCCACCAAGGAAACACCGAUUCCAACUUCGAGUGAAACCGACAAGAAGGGAAGCAAGGCUUUGCAAAAUGUGAAGGACGCCGCCAAACUGGGGGCACUGGGCGUGAUCGCAGCCCCUGUUUUGGCCGGCGGAGCCAUCGUGAGUGGCGUUAAAAGUCUCAUCAAGUCUGUGAAAUCUCCCACGGAAGAUGCCAAGACCACAGUAAAACCAGAGCAACCUCAGAGCAGCUUUAUUGAUCAGGAGCGCCGCAAUGUGCCACAGCCGCAACAAGUGCCAAGUGAGGUGGAUAAUCUCCUCAACGAAACGGAGAACUUUAUCAGCUCCACAACUGCCAACUUCAUAGCCAAUGAAAAACAGCAGGAGAAGCCCAUUGAAGAAGUGGGGCCUUUGGCAGUGGAAUCAACAACCACACUGACCACCACAACAGUAACAACCGUAACUACCUCAAAGACAACAUCAGAAAGAGAAGAUCAAGAGCCAGUUGUUGUGGAAGAUGUAACGACGAGCAUAGCUGUUGAGGAGAGUCCAAUCGUAGAUGUGGUUACCGAGAAACCUGAGCAGGUGACAGAAGAUAAAACACAUGUUUCUAAAGUAACUGAAACUAUUACCACAGUGACAACUGAGGGUACAGUUUCUGUGCCAGAAAAAUCAUCUCCAACAGAAUUAACUCCUGAAGAGAAAACAAAGGAACCGAAAGAAUUGGAUCGAACUACCGAACCAGCACAAAAAGAAGUGCCCUCAAAUGCAGUUAAAAAGGACUCGACAUCCGAGCCAGUUAAAAAGGAGAAAACUCCGGAGCCAGCACAAAUUGCAGAAAAGGAAACUUCUCAUGCACCGACUACUGAAAUAGAGCCUGAACCCUCUACAAAGCCAGAACCCAAACCAAGAACUGGUAAAAAGGAAGAGAAUCCAGAGAUCGAGCCGCCCUUCACAGCACCUCUUGCUCCAUUUGUUGAUCAAGUCACAGAUACCACGAUCACAGAGACCGAAAUUGAACCUAUUUCAAGUUCUCAAACUAUAACAACUAUUACAACAACUGUGAAAACUAUUGAACAGCAACCAACGAUCGAAGAAGGUACUGUGACUAGCAAGCCUGAAAAGAUUGUUGAGCAAGUUAAGGAACCAACCGUCCAAGAGCCCACUAAAGUGGAUGAGCCAAGUGAGAUCGGCGAUGAUUCCUCUAGGCCUGAACACACCAGUACAAUAGUGCAUGAAGAAAAAACUGUCAUUAUCGAAGAGCCAACUAUCACUGAAUCUACAGUAACAACAACGACUAUUACAACCACCACAACAACCUCAAGCAGUGAGGAGGGUCUGCCUAUAGAAACGCCUGUAGAAGAGCAUGUUCAACCUAUCCCAUCUAAACCAACUGAGGCUCCCCAGAAAACUAUCAGUGAUGAAAGUAAGCCAGAAGAAAGUCCAGUCACUACAUCGCCCGAUCAGGAGUCAAUACAAUCUAUUCCAGCUCAACCUAUUGAGACAUCUCAGACAACUAAAGAAGUGAUUACAGAGACAACUAUUAUCACUGAAGAGAAACCACAACUCCCAGGUGAUCUUGAACGUAUUGUUCCACCUCAGCCUGUUUCCGAUAAGCAUCAAUCAGUGGUUGAUUUCAUUGAGAAGGAGAAGGGCCCAAAAACAUCGUCAGAUAGUGGCAGCAACAUAUUGCAGAAUGUUAAGGACGCUGCCAAGUUGGGAGCUCUUGCAAUUGUGGGAGCACCCGUUCUUGCUGGCAAGGCUUUGGUAGAUGCCCUUACGACAGAAAAAACACUCAAGCCAGAACAAUCCACAACUCAAGUGGUGACCCAGACGGUGGAAGAACUGCCAACGGAGGAAAUCUCCACCAGCACUUCCACAUUAAUCACGAAGGUCACCACCACAACUACCACCACAACAUCGUCAUCAACAGUUGAGGGCACUCCCGAAGAUGAGGCACGCGACGUCGUAGAAUUGCCGGCUGAAGUGGUAGAAACCACCAUCAAACGAGAAGUGCCCAGAACACUGGCCAUUGGCGAUGCCAUUUCCCAAAAACUAAUUAGCCCCGAUGAGUGUCAAGUGAUAGUAGACGGAGAAAAGCAAUCUCAGACAGUUUCCACGCUGCUCAAGGAGGAGCAGCUGAGUCCAUUAGACGAGGUCCAGAUAAUAGACGACAAACUGAUUGUGCUGCAACAGGUCUCUUACCUGGUGGACGCCGACACCGAACUGACGCCCGAGAGUCUGGACGCCCUUAACAUCUACGAUACCGAGAAUCAGUACUUCAUUGAUCCCAGCACUGGCCAGAAGAUCUCCUUCCAUGCGCUAGUAUUCGAGAUGAAUGUCUUUAACCCUGAGACCAUUUUGGUUAAGAACUUUAGUACCGGCAAAUACGAGAAUCUUACAGCAGCAUUGGAACGUCCACUUCUAGACAGGCACACCGGUCAUAUGGUGGAUCCCAAGACAGGCAAGAAAAUUCCAUUCUUUGAAUGCAUUGCUCGGCAAUGGAUAAUCCGUGCAGAACCCGAGGAACAGCGACCAUCGGGCAUUGAGAACGUAACCAUAGACACACAGACCGGACAGGUAGUGCUUGACGAUGGUCGGGUUUGCUCCAUUGUUGAGGCCAUCAACAGUGGCAAACUGGACAUUCAGUCGAUAUCGGUGCGCGACCCAGUCAGCGGCGAGGUGAUUCCACUGCGUAUGGCAAUUGAGUUGGGGGUGGUAGACAUGCAGGCUGGCACGGUGAUAGACAUUCAAACGCUGAAGGAAAUCCCCAUGGAGCUGGCCUUCCAGUUGGGCUUCCUAGUGCCCGGUGCGCGCAAACCUAUUUCCCUGGAAGCCGCCGUUCGCAAGGGUCUCUACGACCCCGAGACGGGCAAACUCUUCGACUCCGAAAGUCAGAACCAGGUCGAUGUGCAAAAGUCUAUUGAAAUUGGUUUGGUGGACCCGAAGAUCUCAUUGAUUGUCGAUACUGUCACCAAGAAGGAAGUCAAGCUGGAUUGCGCCAUCGAAGAUGAUUUGGUGGUGCCAGCCACAGGUCAAAUAAAAGACAACAAGAACAAUACACUGGUGCCGUUCGAUGUGGGUGUGCAACAGCGUUUGCUGAAAACCGACAGUGUCACCUGGAGCCUGCCGGAGUUGCUGCAGCGUGAAUACUACACGCCCAGCACAGGCAAGGUUCUCAAUCCCGUCACCGGCGAGGAGAUUCUCCUCCAGCAGGCCAUUGAAAUGGGCUUUGUGGAGCUGGAGACGACGUUGGUCAAGGAUGCCGAUCACGACAAGAUUUUGCCCGGCAAGGAGGCAGCCAAGGUGGGUCUUCUGGACACGGUUCGUGGCACCCUAAGCUCGCCCAACAUCAGUCUCGACGAGGCCUUCGUCAAGGGCUAUCUUAUUAGUACCAAGAAGCCACUGUCCCUGGUUGAUUGUCUGCUGCGUGGUCUCUACGAUCCUUCGACAGCCAAGUUCACUAUCGACGACAAGCAGCUGGACCUGAAGUCCGCCAUUGCUCAGAAGCUCAUCAAUCCCGAGGAGCUGGUGCUGCUCGACCCGAAGACAGAAUCGAUUAUUUCCAUUACCGAAGCGAUAGCCAAGGGUUAUCUCGAUCCGAUUGCCGGAUAUGUUAUUAAUCCGUAUGCUUCCACCAAGUUGUCCCUCCACGAAGCCCUCGAAAAUCGCAUUCUCAUUCCGCCCAAGCGCAAGCGCAGCCUGCCGGAUGCCGUCUACCGGGGUCUUUACGAUCACAAGACGGGUCAGUUCAGCAACACGGUGACCCGCGAGAAGCUCACAACUGAACGUGCCAUUCGUAGGGGCAUCCUCGAUCCCGAUUCGACGGUCGUCAAUUUGGGUACCGGCCAAAUCAUUCCAUUUGGGGUGGCCACCGAGACGGGAAUCGUGGACAGUAGACAGGGUACGGUGAGGGAUGCCGAUGACAAUUUCAUUGACUUCAAGGAAGCUUUUGAUCGAGGUGUUCUAGUUGAGGCCAAGAAACCGCUACGCCUCAUUGAAGCAGUGGUUAAGAAUGUUUACGAUGAGGUUGAUGGUCACUUUGUCGAUCCCAAGUCGGGCGAGAAACUAAACUUUGCCGAGGCCCUUAACACGAAUUUACUAGACGAGCAUAGUGUGCAGAUCAGGGACUUCAAGACGGGUCUUUACAAGCAGCUUAACCUAACGCACGCCAAGGACAACGGCAUCAUUGAUGCCCAGAACUCGAAGCUACUGUAUAACAACCAGACCAUGACCCUCAAGCAUGCCUUUGAUAUUGGAAUCCUUAUGGAUGUCAAUGCGCCCAUCAGUAUUCAGCGAGCAAUUCAUCAGGGACUGUUCGACGACAAGACCGGCAAGCUGAGCGAUCCGAGAACUGGACGCCAGAUCACUCUGCUCGAGAGCAUGCGCAGUUUCGUGAUUAAUCCUCACCUGCCGUGCUACUUUGAUGAGCAGACGGAGCAGAUGUUCACGCUGAGCGAGACCUGUCGCAAUGGCAUAAUCAAUAGAAGGGAGGGUGUCUUCCGGGAACCGGGAAGCAAUAGUUUUGUCCCUCUGGGCGAGGCAUUGAGCCUGGGCCUAAUUGUGGACAUUGAGAACGCCGGCUUUGGUCUGUACGAACUACUAUCCAUGAGCUUCUAUGAUGUUCCCACUCGCAAGGUUCUGCAUCCGGUUACGAAUCGCAAGCUUAAUCUCAAUGAAGCCUGCGUGGAGGAUGUGGUUAGCUUAUCCUCCAGUUUGGUCAAACACCACGAGACUGGCAAGUACCUUCGGCUGGCCAAUGCCAUCAAGGAGCAGUUGAUUGACGACUCUAGGGGUUGUUACAAUCUGGUUGGCGAACAGUUGGACCUGCAGGCAGCUAGGGCCAGGGGUUUAAUUGUCUCUAAUCGUCGCCUUCUCAGCCUUGAACUCGUUCUGCGCCAGCAACUUUACCGCGCUGAAACAGGAAAGUUCUGUGAUCCGACAACCGGGGAAUAUCUCGACCUUAUCGAAUCCAUUCAUUCGGGCUUUAUAGAUCCCGCGACGACUGUGUUUAAGAACCAGCUUACCGGUAAAGAGCUGCCGCUAACUGAGGCCAUCGAGAACGGUGAUAUUGACGUGUCCAAGGGCAGGGUAUUUGAUCCGAAAUCUAAGUCAGCUUAUAACUACGACGUGGCACUCUCUCGCGGAAUUCUGGUGACUAUUACCCGGCCACUGACCGAUCGCAAUGAUGUGGUGCGUCGCCAGGAUAGCGUCGAAUUGUUGGGUCAAACGCCCGUUAGCGUUGUGAUCAGCAAACCGCGUGAAAUGUCUCUCGAAGAGGCCAUCCGUUACAACAUAAUCGAUCCCAAGACCGCUCUUGUUCGCGACUUCGAUAGCUUUAAGUUCUUGCCGUACUCGGUAGCCGUGGAACGCGGUCUCGUGGACACCACCAAGCGAACACUCGUUGAUCCGAAGGCACUCUACUUUGCCUUUGAUCCCACUCUAAUCGUCUAUGUACGUGAGCCAAUCACCUUUGAUCAGGCGGCCGAGUCCAAGUGUCUGGACUUGCUGACCGGAAUGCUGACCUAUGUGCCAGCGAGUGUAGCCAGCGAUGACAGCGCAAACGAUUCGCUGACUGUCAUCGAGACGCCCAAGGUAUACACGCUCAAGGAUGCCGCCAGUGCGGGCGUAGUGGAUCCCGACUCGGCGCUGGUCAAGGAUCUGGCCAAGGCCAAGCUGGUCCGUUUGCCGGAGGCAUUCCGAAAGGGCUUGAUGGAUGCGAACAAGGCGAAUGUGCUCAACACUCAGACCUCGAAGCUUUGCACCCUGCAGGAGGCCUACGAGAGUGGCCUGAUCUGCACGCCCAAGCGUUCAUUCGGUUUGCUAGAAGCCAUUACCUUCAACCUGUACAACCCCACCAAUGGCUGCCUAGUUGAUCCCUUCCAAAUGCAUCCCGACAUCAUCCGGCGGCGCAAGUUCACGCUGGCCGAGGCCAUUGGCUCUGGUCUGGUGGAUCCCUCGUCGACGGUGGUCCGUGACCCCAGCACUGGGGUCAUUGUACCACUGGCGGCUGCCAUCAGCAGCGGGCUGAUCGAUGCCACCGACGGCCGCCUGACCGACGCCAAUGAGCCGAAGAACAACAUCGACCUGGUGAAGGCCGCCGAGAAGGGUCUGCUCCUGCCGGCAGAACAGAGGCAAGCAGUAUUCGAGAAGUUCAACAUGUGCGAAGAGAAUGUCAACGAUCUAUUGAAAUGGGUCACCACUGUGGAACAGAAAAUCUCAAGUGUCGGCGGACCACGUGAAAAGAUCGAUGAAUUGCGCAACCAGAUAAAUGCCCUUAAGCAAAUCAAGGAUGAGAUCGAGUCGCAGCAGCGGCCAGUAGCCACUUGUUUGGAGCAAAUCCGCCAGAUUGUGCUAACCGGCGGCGAUGUUUUGUCUGCCCCUGAAGUGACCACUUUGGAGAACUCUGGCCGCGAGUUGCGUUCCCGUGUGGAUCGUGUCAACGAUCGCACUGUGCGCUUGCUCCGCCGCCUGGAAGCUGGUCGAGAUGAGCUGACAAAGCUGCGCAGCGAAUUGGAUGUCUUUUCCGAUUGGCUGCAAGUCGCCCGUCGCACUCUGGAGGACAAGGAGCGCUCGCUGUCCGACUUGACUCGUCUGCCCUCGCAGGCGGAUUCGGUUCGGGAGUUUGUGAGCGAUGUGAUUGGCCACCAGGCCGAUCUGCGUUUCAUUACAAUGGCCGCCCAGAAGUUUGUGGACGAGAGCAAGGAGUUCUUGGCCAUUCUCAACGACUUCCGUACUUCUCUGCCUGAACGCUUGCCGCAUGUAGAGCCUCUCUCCAGUGCCGAAAGUCCAAUCCGCCAGGAGGUGUCGCUGGUUUCGGCCCAGUACAAGGAUCUGUUGAACCGUGUCAACGCUCUGCAGGAUCGUGUCUCCGGCUUGGGUGGACGCCAGCGUGAGUACCAGGAUGCCCUGGACAAGGCCAACGAGUGGCUGAGAAGCGUGCAUCCUCGUGUUUCGCGCAUCAUCUCCGAACCGAUUGCCGGCGACCCGAAGGGAGUGCAGGAUCAGAUGAACGAGGCCAAGGCUCUGCACAACGAACUGCUCUCCAGCGGUCGUUUGGUGGACAAUGCCCAGCAGGCCCUUGACAAUCUGCUGCGCAGCCUGGGCGGUCAACUGAGUCCCAUGGAAAUCAAUCAGUUGGAGCUACCGAUUGCCGAUCUGAAGAACAACUACCAGCAGCUGUUGGACAACCUGGGCGAGCACUGCAAAACGCUGGACAAGACUCUGGUGCAAUCGCAGGGCGUGCAGGAUGCUCUGGACAGUCUUGUGGGAUGGGUCAACCAGGCCGAGGACAAGUUCAAGCUAAACCUGCGCCCCGCGUCGCUCAUCAAGGAACGUCUGCAGGAGCAGAUACGCGAGCACAAGGUCCUGUUGGCCGAUCUUCAGUCCCACCAGGCCAGCAUCGAUAGCGUUCAAAUCUCGGCCAAGCAUCUGUUGGCCAGCGCUUCGAAUGCCCGCAUUGCCAAGAAGGUAGAAUCGAAUCUAAACGAUGUGACCGUGAAGUUCGAGAAGCUCUACGAGAAGGCCAACAAGCGUGGCGAGUUCCUGGACGACGUUUACAACCGGCUGAGCAGGUAUCUGGAUGAGAUCAGCACCGUGGAGCAGCGCAUGGCCAGUUUGCAGGAGGCUCUCGAUAGCCGUGAGACCAGCCUGCUGUCCACCGAGGAGCUGGCACGCCGCAUGAACGAGCUGUCGCGCGACAAGGAUCAGUUGGCACCGCAGUUCGAGGAUUGUGUGCGCAAUGGCAAGGAUCUGAUCAGCCUGCGCGAUGUCACCGACACCGGAGUACUACGCGAUCGCAUCAAGGCCCUGGAAUCUCAAUGGCGCAACAUUAACAUCAGCAUCGAUGAGCGCGCCAAGCUGUCCAAGCAAAAGGCCGAGCAGCAGCUGGCCUACGAGGGUCUGAAGGAUCAGGUUCUCUCCUGGCUGGCCAGCACGGAGGCACGCGUAAACGGCCUGCCACCGGUGGCCAUCGAUCUGGACAGGAUUAAGCAGCAGCACGAUGAGCUGAAGCCCAUCUGCAAGGAUUACCGCGAUUAUGCUCCAACCAUUGACAAGAUCAACGACGUGGGAGCACAGUACGAUGCGCUCAUCCGACCCGAGAGUCCUGCCCGCAAACGUUCGACAUACAGUCCGAUCAAGCGGGCCAGCCCGCUGCGCCGCAUGUCCGGAGACGCCAGAAGCCCCAGCCCCACCAAGGGAGGCAUCCUGUCGCCACUAUCGACUGGUUCCAGUGGAUUCGGUAGCCGCAGAUCCUCCCAGGACGGUUUCCAGCUCUCUGAACUGUCUCCGGUGCAGCAGCAGCUGAGCGAGAUCAACAAUCGCUACGGGCUAAUUGGCGUCCGUCUGAACGAUCGCCAGCACGAGCUGGACAACCUGAACGAGGAGCUGCGCAAGCAGUACGAGAACCUCAAGGGACUGGCUCAGUUCCUGGAGCGUAUUCAGCGCCAACUGCCCAAGGAGUCGGUGUCCAACAAGGACGAGGCCGAGCGCUGCAUCAAGCAGGCGCGUAAGAUCCUGGAGGACAUGUACGAGAAGCAGAGCCUACUGGACACCACCAAGGCUCAGGUGAAGGACAUCCUGCGACGCAAGUCCGAUGUACCCGGCGCAGAGCAGUUGCGCCAGGAGAACGAUAGCAUCCAAGAGAAGUGGAAGAAUCUCAACGACAUCUGCAAGAACCGUAUUGCCUUCGCCGAGAAGCUGCGCGACUUCUUGGAUACCCAUGGCAACCUGAAGAGCUGGCUGGACAGCAAGGAGCGCAUGCUAACCGUGCUGGGACCAAUCUCCUCCGAUCCCCGGAUGGUUCAGAGCCAGGUGCAGCAGGUGCAAGUGCUGCGCGAGGAGUUCCGUACGCAGCAACCGCAGCUGAAACACUUCCAGGAGUUGGGACACGAUGUGGUCGACCAUCUGGCCGGCACUCCCGAUGCCCAGGCCGUUGAAGUGAAGCUGAAGGACAUCCUGGGCAAGUGGGAGGAUCUGGUGGGAAAGCUAGACGACCGCGCCAACAGUUUGGGCGGUGCCGCCGACAGUUCCAAGGAAUUUGAUGCCGCCGUCAAUCGUCUUCGUGAGGCUCUGCAAAACAUCAGCGACAAUUUGGACGCUCUGCCCACGGAUGGCGAUCACCAGGAGAAUCUACGCAAAAUCGAAAACCUAGAGCGUCAGCUGGAGGGUCAACGUCCGCUGCUGGCCGAUGUGGAGCAAUCCGCCGCCACUUUGUGCAACAUUCUGGGUGAUCCCGCCUCGCGUGCCGAUGUCAACUCUCGUGUGGCCGCCCUGGAAAAGCAGUAUUUGGCGCUCCAGAAGAAGCUGGACACCAAGAAGGCAGAAACGGAGGCUUCGCUACGCGAUGGCCGCCACUUUGCCGAGAAUUGCUCCAAGACUCUGGGUUGGCUAGGCGGAGAAUUGUCCAACCUAACAGACAGGCUACUGGUUUCUGCCCACAAGCCCACACUGCAGCACCAGAUCGACACUCAUGAGCCGAUUUACCGUGAGGUUAUGGCCCGUGAGCACGAGGUUAUCAUGCUGAUCAACAAGGGCAAGGAUCUAUCCGAUCGCCAGCAGGAUCGUGGAGUGAAACGCGACUUGGACCGCAUCCAGCAGCAGUGGGAGAAACUGCGCCGCGAGGCGGUCGAUCGUCACACACGACUGCAGACUUGCAUGGAGCACUGCAAGAAGUACUCCCAGACUUCGGAGGCAUUCCUGGCCUGGCUGCGAACCGCUGAGGAUAAGUUAACCGAUCUCACGCCCGGCGUGCUGUCCAAGGCGAAGCUGGAGACGCGUCUGCGUGAUCUGCAGACCUUCCGUAGCGAGGUCUGGAAGCAUUCCGGUGAGUUCGAGAACACCAAGGGAUUGGGCGAGACCUUCCUCACCAGCUGUGACAUCGAUAAGGAACCCAUCAAGGCGGAGCUGCAGGACAUUCGGGAUCGCUGGGAGAGGCUGAACAACGAUUUGAUUGCCCGCGCCCAUGAGAUUGAGAACUGCUCGCGUCGUUUGGGUGACUUCAAUGAUGAGUUGCGUAACCUGGAUCAUUCGUUGGGUCGCUGCGAGGAUCGCCUUGCGGCGCACGAUGCUCUGGGUGGAGCUGCCAAGGAUCCCAAGCUCCUGGAGCGCGUUAAGGCCAUUCGCGAGGAGCUCACCAACCUGAGCAAGCCGCUGCAGUCGCUCAAGGCUUUGGCCAAGGACAUCAGCGCCGAGGCGAGGGCUGCUGGCGGAGAUGCUGACCAUUUGACCAGCGAAGUCGACGGCCUGGCCGAUCGCAUGACUGAGCUGCAGGGUCGCCUGGAUGAUCGCUGUGGUGAACUGCAAUCUGCAGCCACUGCUGUAUCGCAGUUCAAUGAACAAAUGAAGAGUUUGGGCAUCGAUCUGAAUGAUCUGGAGACGGAGAUUGAGAAGCUUUCACCGCCCGGUCGUGAGAUCAAGAUUGUGCAAGUGCAAUUGGACGAUGUUGGCAAAAUCCAGAACAAGUUGGAUCGUCUGGUGGGACGGUUGGAGGAUGCCGAACGCGCCGCCGAUGUUUUGGUUGAUGCAGGAUUCGCUGCCGACACCACCCAGACCCGUGAGCAAAUCUCCACGCUGCGCAAGACCCUGGGUCGCCUGGAUAACCGAGUGCGCGAUCAUGAGGAGAAUCUCCAGGCCACUUUGAAGGCCCUGCGCGAGUUCUACGACAACCAGUCGCAGACUCUGGACGACAUUCAGGACGUAAGCGAUGAGUUUAAGCGCAUGAAGCCUGUGGGUUCGGAGCUGGAUCAGAUUCGCCGCCAGCAGGAGGACUUCCGUAACUUCAGGGAGCGCAAGGUGGAACCACUGGCCAUCAAUGUUGACAAGGUCAAUGUGGCUGGAAGGGACUUAGUGCGCUCGGCCGGCAGUGGCGUCUCCACCUCGACCAUUGAGAAGGAUCUGGAGAAGCUGAACGACCGCUGGAACGACCUAAAGGAACGAAUGAACGAGCGCGAUCGUCGCUUGGAUGUGGCCCUGCUGCAAUCUGGCAAGUUCCAGGAAGCGUUGGCUGGUCUAUCCAAAUGGCUCAGUGACACCGAGGAGAUGGUGGCCAAUCAGAAGCCGCCAAGCUCCGAUUACAAGGUGGUGAAGGCCCAACUGCAGGAGCAAAAGUUCCUCAAGAAAAUGCUUUUGGAUCGCCAAAACUCGAUGGGCUCGUUGGCCAAUCUCGGCAAGGAGGUGGCCAAUCACUGUGAACCUGCCGAACGGGCCUCCAUUGAGAAACAGCUGAACGAUCUGAUGAAGCGAUUCGAUGCGCUGACCGACGGAGCCGAGCAACGUGAGUUGGACUUGGAGGAAGCCAUGGAGGUGGCGAAGCGAUUCCACGACAAGAUCAGUCCCCUGGAAAUUUGGCUGGACAAUACGGAGCGAUCGGUCAAGGCCAUGGAACUGAUACCGACCGACGAGGAGAAGAUCCAGCAGCGUAUCCGCGAGCAUGAUCGCCUGCAUGACGAGAUCCUGGGCAAGAAGCCCGACUUUACCGAUCUCGCCGAUGUGGCCGCCCAGCUGAUGCAUUUGGUCAGCGACGAGGAGGCCGUGAAUCUGGGCGAGAAGGUGCGCGGUGUCACCGAGAGGUACACUGGAUUGGUCGAUGCCAGCGACAACAUCGGAGCUCUGCUCGCCGAAUCCCGCCAGGGAUUGCGUCACUUGGUCUUGAGCUAUCAGGAUCUCGUCGCCUGGAUGGAGAGCAUGGAGGCGGAGCUGAAGCGCUUCAAGUCCGUUCCCGUGUACGCUGAGAAGCUUCUCGAACAGAUGGAUCAUCUGCUUGAGCUGAACGAGAACAUUGCCGGUCAUGCUUCGAAUGUGGAAUCUACUGUGGAAUCCGGAGCCGAGCUGAUGAAGCACAUUUCCAACGAUGAGGCUAUUCAGUUGAAGGAUAAGUUGGACUCCCUGCAGCGUCGCUAUGGCGACUUGACCAAUCGCGGUGGAGAUCUGCUGAAGAGUGCACAGAAUGCCCUGCCGUUGGUGCAACAAUUCCAUGAAGCCCACAACCGUUUGGUGGAAUGGAUGCAGAGUGCUGAGGCUGCUCUGGCGCCCAGUGAGCCUCGUCAGGCGGACGUGCUGCGUCUGGAGGGUGAACUGGCCGAUAUGCGUCCGAUUCUGGACAGCAUCAACCAGGUGGGACCACAGCUGUGUCAGCUGUCGCCAGGAGAAGGCGCCGCCACCAUCGAGAGCAUUGUGACGCGGGACAACCGGCGCUUCGAUUCGAUUGUCGAGCAGAUUCAACGCAAGGCGGAGCGUCUGCACCUGAGCAAUCAACGCGCCAAGGAGGUGACCGGUGACAUCGAUGAACUGCUCGAGUGGUUCCGCGAAAUGGAUACAACUCUGCGUGAGGCUGAUCUGCCGGCGAUGGAGCCCAAAUUGGUGCGUGCCCAGUUGCAGGAGCAUCGUUCGAUCAACGAUGACAUUUCCAGCCAGAAGGGACGUGUGCGUGAUGUUACGGCGGCCUCCAAAAAGGUGCUGCGUGAAUCACCGCAGAGCGAGAAUACGGCCACGCUUCGUGAGAAGUUGGAUGAUCUCAAGGAGAUCGUCGAUACCGUGGCUCAGCUGUGCAGCGAACGUCUGGGCGUUCUCGAGCAGGCUCUGCCCCUGUCCGAGCAUUUCGCCGACUCUCAUCAGGGACUCACCGCCUGGCUGGACGACAUGGAGCAGCAGAUCUCGCGCCUGAGUAUGCCUGCCCUGCGUCCCGAUCAAAUCACCCUGCAGCAGGACAAGAACGAGCGUCUGCUCCAGUCGAUUGCGGAGCACAAACCUCUUUUGGACAAGCUGAACAAGACGGGAGAGGCCCUGGGUUCCCUGGUGGCCGAUGAUGAUAGCGCCAAGAUCAACGAGAUUCUGGACACGGACAAUGCCCGCUAUGCCGCCCUCCGUUUGGAGCUGCGCGAACGCCAGCAGGCGCUUGAGAGUGCUCUGCAGGAGUCCAGCCAGUUCUCCGACAAGCUGGAGGGCAUGCUGCGUGCUCUGGCCAACACCGUGGACUCGGUCAAUCAACUGGAUCCCCUGUCCGCCCUGCCGCAGAAGAUUCGCGAGCAGAUCGAGGAUAAUGACGCCUUAAUGGACGAUCUGGACAAGCGUCAAGAUGCCUUCAGUGCCGUGCAGCGUGCGGCCAACGAUGUGAUCGCCAAGGCGGGCAACAAAUCCGAUCCCGCUGUGCGUGACAUCAAGGCCAAGCUGGAGAAGCUGAACAAUCUGUGGAACGAUGUUCAGAAUGCCACCAAGAAGCGCGGCAGCUCGCUGGACGACAUCCUCAGCGUUGCGGAGCCCUUCUGGAAGCAACUGAACAGCGUGAUGAAGACGCUCAAGGAUCUGGAGGAGACGCUAUCCUGCCAGGAGCCGCCAGCGGCCCAGCCGCAGGACAUCAAGAAGCAGCAGGUGGCGCUGCAGGAGAUCCGUCAUGAGAUCGAUCAGACCAAACCGGAGGUUGAGCAGGUGCGUCGCCACGGCAGCAACCUGAUGAACAUGUGCGGUGAGCCCGACAAGCCGGAGGUGAAGAAGCACAUCGAGGACCUGGACAAUGCAUGGGACAACAUCACCGCGCUGUAUGCCAAGCGCGAGGAGAACCUCAUCGAUGCCAUGGAGAAGGCCAUGGAGUUCCACGAGACGCUGCAGAACCUCCUCAAGUUCUUGACCAAGGCCGAGGACAAGUUCGCACAUCUGGGUGCCGUGGGUUCGGACAUUGAUGCCGUCAAGCGACAGAUUGAGCAGCUCAAGUCGUUCAAGGAUGAAGUCGAUCCGCAUAUGGUUGAAGUAGAAGCAUUAAACAGACAAGCUGUGGAACUGACGGAACGCACUUCACCCGAGCAGGCUGCAUCGAUACGCGAACCCCUGUCGGUGGUCAAUCGACGUUGGGAAGCCCUACUCCGCGGCAUGGUCGAGCGCCAGAAGCAACUGGAGCACGCCCUGCUGCACUUGGGCCAAUUCCAGCAUGCGCUCAACGAGCUGUUGGUCUGGAUCAACAAGACCGACAGUACGCUGGACCAACUGAAACCGAUUCCCGGAGACCCACAACUGCUCGAGGUUGAGUUGGCUAAACUGAAGGUGCUGGCCAACGACAUUCAGGCCCACCAGAACUCAGUUGACACACUGAACGAUGCGGGCAGACAGUUGAUUGAAACCGAGAAGGGCUCCGUGGAGGCAUCCACCACGCAGGAGAAACUGCGCAAACUCAACAACGAGUGGAAGCAGCUGCUGCAAAAGGCCAGCGACCGGCAGCACGAACUGGAGGAGGCUCUUCGCGAGGCCCACGGCUACAUCUCCGAGGUCCAGGAUAUUCUGGGCUGGCUGGGCGAUGUCGACGCAGUGAUUGGAGCCAGCAAACCAGUGGGUGGACUGCCCGAGACUGCCACCGAGCAGCUGGAACGCUUCAUGGAGGUCUACAACGAGUUGGAUGAAAACAGGCCCAAGGUUGAGACGAUUCAGGCUCAGGGUCAGGAGUACAUCAAGCGCCAGAACCAGAUGAAGGUGUCGUCCAGCAAUUUGCAGCACACACUCCGUACGCUGAAGCAACGCUGGGAUGCCGUGGUAUCACGUGCAUCCGAUAAGAAGAUCAAGCUGGAGAUUGCACUCAAGGAGGCCACCGAAUUCCAUGACACCCUACAAGCCUUCGUCGAAUGGCUUACGCAGGCCGAAAAGCUGCUGUCCAACGCCGAGCCAGUUUCACGCGUUCUGGAAACCAUUCAGGCCCAGAUGGAGGAACACAAGGUGCUGCAGAAGGAUGUUAGCACCCACCGCGAAGCCAUGCUGCUGCUGGACAAGAAGGGCACACACCUCAAGUACUUCAGCCAGAAGCAGGAUGUGAUCUUGAUCAAGAAUCUCCUGGUGUCCGUCCAGCAUCGCUGGGAACGAGUUGUGAGCAAGGCGGCGGAACGCACCCGUGCUCUGGAUCAUGGUUACAAAGAGGCCCGCGAGUUCAACGAUGCCUGGAGCGGCAUGAUGCAGUAUCUGCAGGAGACCGAACAGGUGCUGGAUCAGAUCAUCGAGGAGGCCACCGCCUCCAAGGAACCGCAGAAGAUCAAGAAGUACAUUGGCAAGCUGAAGGAGACGCAUCGCCAGCUGGGCGCCAAGCAGUCGGUCUACGACGGCACCAUGCGAACUGGAAAGAAUCUCUUGGAGCGCGCCCCGAAGGGCGAUCGCCCAGUGCUGGACAAAAUGUUGAUCGAGUUGAAGGAACAGUGGACGCGAGUCUGGUCCAAGAGCAUCGACCGUCAGCGAAAGCUGGAAGAGGCUCUGCUUCUUUCCGGACAGUUCAGCGAUGCUCUGGGCGAGCUGCUCGAGUGGCUGAAGAAGGCCAAGAGCCGCCUGAACGAAAAUGGACCUGUCCACGGCGACUUGGAGACUGUCCAAGGUCUUUGCGAGCACCACAAGCACAUUGAGCAGGAUCUGCAGAAGCGCGCUGCGCAAAUGCAGGGCGUACUCAAGACCGGACGCGACUUGGAGCGAUCUGGCAACAAUCCCGAAGUUGGACGACAGCUCGACGAGAUGCAAUCGAUUUGGGAAGAGGUCAAGAGCGCCGUCGCCAAGCGCGGCGAACGCCUGCAAGUGGCGCUUGUGGAUGCCGAGAAGCUGAAUGCUCGUGUCCAGGCUCUCUUCGAUUGGCUGGAUCACGCCGAGCACAAGCUUCGGUAUGCCAAGAAUGCCCCCGAUGAUGAGAAGGUGUCGCGCGAAAUGAUGGACAUCCACAUGGAGUUCAUGAAGGACCUGCGAGUGCGCGAGCGUGAAAAGACGGAGACGUUUGAGUACGCCGAGGACAUUAUCAAUAAGGCCUAUCCCGAUGCCAUCCCGAUCAUCAAGAACUGGCUGUCGAUCAUUCAGCAGCGCUGGGAGGAGGUGCGCCAAUGGGCCAUCAACCGCGAGUCCAAGCUGGACCAGCAUCUGCAAUCUCUCAAGGACCUGGACGACACCAUUGAGGAGCUACUGGCCUGGCUCAGCGGACUGGAGGGCACUCUGUUGAACCUGAAGCACGAACAACUGCCGGAUGAGAUUCCGCCCGUGGAGAAACUGAUCGAGGACCACAAGGAGUUUAUGGAGAACACGGCCCGACGUCAGAACGAGGUGGAUCGCGCCUGCAAGCCCAGGCAGCUGCCUCCGGGAGCUCGCAAGCCAUCUCGCACCGGCAAGACGCCAGUCUUCAAGGGAUCUCGUGACCAGGGACUCAACGCCCGCAAAGGAAGUCGUAUCACGCCCACACGUGACACUCCCGACAGAGAUCGCCUGCCGCACUACGGCCCCCGAUUCUCGCCAAGCACCUCGGGACCAGAACUGGAAUUCCGUUCGCCACGCGCCAAGCUCCUGUGGACCAAGUGGCGCGAUGUCUGGAUGCUCUCAUGGGAGCGCCAGCGUCUGCUCAACGAUCAUCUCCUGUAUCUAAAGGAUGUGGAGCGUGCCCGCAACUUCAGCUGGGACGAUUGGCGCAAGCGCUUCCUGAAAUACAUGAACCACAAGAAGUCGCGCUUGACGGAUCUGUUCCGCAAAAUGGACAAGGACAACAAUGGCAUGAUUCCACGCGAUGUCUUCAUCGAUGGCAUUCUCAAUACGAAAUUCGACACCUCUGGCUUGGAAAUGAAGGCUGUAGCCGAUCUGUUCGAUCGCAAUGGCGAGGGUCUCAUCGACUGGCAAGAGUUUAUUGCUGCCCUGCGGCCUGAUUGGCAAGAAAGGAAGCCGGCCAAUGAUUCGGACAAAAUACACGACGAGGUCAAGCGUCUCGUAAUGCUGUGUACCUGCCGGCAGAAGUUCCGAGUAUUCCAAGUUGGCGAGGGCAAGUACAGGUUUGGAGACUCCCAGAAACUACGCCUGGUUCGCAUUCUUCGCAGCACUGUAAUGGUGCGCGUGGGAGGCGGUUGGGUAGCACUGGACGAAUUCCUGCAGAAGAAUGAUCCUUGUCGCGCCAAGGGACGCACUAACAUAGAGCUACGCGAGCAAUUCAUAUUGGCCGAUGGCGUCUCGCAGAGCAUGGCCGCAUUCACGCCCAGACGUUCCACGCCCAAUGCGGCCGCCACUGCCUCCUCCUCACCCAAUACCCAGAAUGGCGGCAGCUCCAACUUGCCGCCAUAUAUGAGUGGACAGGGUCCCAUCAUCAAGGUACGCGAGCGUUCCGUUCGCUCCAUACCCAUGUCGCGCCCAUCGCGCUCCUCACUCUCGGCCAGCACUCCCGACUCCCUGAGCGACAACGAGGGCAGCCACGGUGGUCCUUCGGGCCGAUACACUCCCCGCAAGGUCACCUACACGAGCACGCGCACGGGCCUCACGCCAGGAGGCUCUCGUGCCGGCUCCAAGCCCAACUCGCGCCCGCUCAGCAGACAGGGAUCGAAGCCGCCGUCGCGACAUGGUUCUACGCUGUCGUUGGAUAGCACGGACGAUCACACGCCCUCUCGCAUUCCGCAACGCAAGCCCUCCACGGCCAGCACCGCCAGCGGCACCACGCCACGUCCGGCGCGACUUUCGGUGACCACCACCACGACUCCCGGAAGCCGCCUCAACGGCAGCAGCACCAUCACCCGCAAGACCGCCUCCGGAUCGGCCAGUCCAGCGCCCACAAGCAACGGAGGCAUGAGUAGAUCAUCCAGUAUACCAGCACUAACAGGCUUCGGCUUCAAACCAAUUAGGCGAAACAUUAGCGGUAGCUCCACGCCCUCCGGCAUGCAGACGCCGCGAAAGAGCUCAGCGGAACCCACUUUCAGCUCGACCAUGCGACGCACUUCGCGGGGAACCACACCAACGGAGAAGCGCGAGCCAUUCCGACUAUAAAAACCGCUUAGGAGAUGAUGACAAUAGAGAAGCAGAAGAAUGCCAAUAUUUAAACAACAUACACACAACUUUACGUACUAACUGCGCACUGAAGUUCUAAACUAAACCCAAACCCUCCUCAAAAAUAACCAAGUCUACAUUAGCAAUGAAUGUAGCGUGAACAGCACACAGUUCUAAAGAGACUAACUUUGAAGUGCCCUAUUGGAGUGGAAGAGCGAAACAAUUUAUAGAUGUUUAUACUAUAUAUAUUUUGUAAAAGACACACACAGUUAAGAUGAAAGGAAUGCAGACAUAUAGCUAGCACACAAAGUUGAUCAGACAAGCAACCUACUUACGAGUACUACUAAUACUUAUACAACCUUUUGCUACUACUAAUUUGUAAUGCCCACUACCUUUAUUCACUAGUUAUACACGUUUCCAAAAUUAUGAUUUGUAUAUACUUAUAAAGCGAAAAGCAAGCGUAAAUUAAUGAAAAAUACACUCCAAGUGCUCUAAGGCAAUUAAAAAAUACAAAGAAUAAAAACAAAAAAAAAAUAUCGAAAAAAUAUAUAGAAAAAAAUAAAACAUUCGAAUGAAAUGUCGGGGCCUCUGCUGCAAUC